CCCCUUUCCCGUGAUGCGUCGCGGCAUUGGUACAUAUGUUUUUGUGCUCGAUUAUGAAGUUAGUUUCUGAAAAGUUGAUAAAAAAAUUAACAUAUAUUCGCAUUGACUAUCGGCAUUUGUUUGUAAUCGACGUAUUGUUGGGCGUAAUCAUUGGAUUUGCACAAUUAGUUAAAGCCUGGAGCUUAGUUUGACAUCGGUAACUAAGGCAACGACUUUUGACGAUAGUCGCGGGAGAAUUGGAGGACGCUGAAACAAACAUCUGCAUUUGAAGGACUCCUUUGACUGCUGUUGAUCAUGGAGAGAAGUAACUUGGGAAAGGAAAGGCUUAUAGUACCUGAUGACUUUACCUCAGCGGCACUGUCAGGUGAGUUGACUUUUCAAGCCGGAAAUUAAGUUGAAAAGUGUCCAUAAGCUCCAAACAGUGAGCUCCAUGAUGUUUGCCAGCCUACUGCAGGGGAGACUGGGGUAAGUUGAUUCCACCCCCUUGCUGCUUGUAAAUGGUCAAAGAAAUUGAUCAUGUGACCAAAUAUUUAGGAGAUGGGGACAAUUCAUGGAGUCUGUGAAGGUUAGAAGCACGUGAGCGAAGGGGUUAGACAUAUAUUUACAAAAAAAAAAAAAAAAAAAAAACAUUUUUCACUCUUGAAAGUGAAUUUAGUCUGUUACAAGUUUUAUUAGAAUUGUGUUCGAACCAAGUAGUAGUUCUGGGGUAAGUUGAGUCAGUGGUUCAACUGAGUAAGUAAAGGAGUCUGAUGAGAGGAUCACAGUUUCAGUUCAGAUUGUUGAAAUGUGUUACUUUUUCUUUUCAAAAAUACAGCUGUGAAUGUUCUGAAUCACUUAAAGACAUUCUCAUGUUAAAAUGACUUUUUACAAAACAGCUUUUUAGCAGUUAUAUGCAAUAACAAUUAAAAGAAUUAUUGUACCAGUUGAAAGGCAUAUAAUAGAUAAAAAUACACAUGAAUGUGAAGAAGUGUACCCCGCUCCUAUGGUCAACUUACCCAAUACACGGGGUAAGUUGACCAUAGGAGACCCCUUUUUUUGGCAUGCUAGAUUAUAUAGACAGUUAUGUUUUCACUCAUUCUGUUGGUUUUCAGGGAUGCACGACAUCUUGAAAUAUAUGCAGAUACACUAGUUAGAGACAAAACUAUGAUUGACUUGAUGUAGUGAUCCGAAAUAUGAAAAGUGGCUCAUCUUACCCCACUCUCCACUAUAUUCCUCCUUAUAAUUUUUCCACAUGCCGACUUUGUCAUCAACUUAUACCAUUACAAAGAUAACAGGUAAUAGACUACUCAGAGAAGAGAACUCGUCAAGUUUAUCACAGCAACUUUCUCAAAAGCUCCAUUUGAAAAGUCUUUCAGGAAAUCAAACAUAACACAGUUGGCAGAGGGCAACUCAAAGCAGACCAUCGAACGCAUGCGCACUAAUAAACAUUAUUUUAUACUAUUUAGGAAAUAUCCAGAAAGAGCUGAUACCCCCAUCGCAUUUCACGUCGAAGAUCCAGCCUGCCGGAGCACACAGAAACACCGAACUUCAGGGCCCAUCGCCGGCUGUUUCUUGGUUAAACGCAGGUACACCAUCAAUACCAGAGAAUCCCAUUCCUGCCAACCCAUGGCUCGCUAUAUCUCAGGCCCAACAGGAAAUCUUGGAACUGAAGAGGGAAAAUCAGAGGAUCAUGAUGUCAGAGAGAGGAAACAGAGGCGGAGGGAUUGCUCUGGCUCACCCAUCAGCUCCUGGCGCAAGGUGUCUUGCAAUUUUUCUUUUGCAUGGUUAAAAAUAAAGUUAUUGUUUGUCAGCUGGAUACUAUUUUGAGUGCAUGACUUGCUCCUCUUCCUAAAAUACAGGUGUGCAGAAAGAGAUGAGCAGUGGUUCAGAUGGGAAUCAGAGUGGCGCCUGGAGGCAGAGAAGCACAAGGCUGAAGCUGAGAGGUUGAAAGGGCAGGUGGAGGCAUUAAAGGAGACUGCAGAGAGACACAGAGAAGAGACACGGGUCAGAGACGGCACACUAAAUAGGUAGGAGAAAUGCUUAUGUUGUUAUGCAAUCAAGACAUUUUUCUGUUUGCCAGACAUUCUUUACAUAACACUUCAGGGACAAGCGAUGAAUCAUUUGAGCAAGCCAAACAUGUCAAACACCUUUGUUUGACAGACAGAGCCAUGAGUUGGAAGCAAUGCGCAAAGAAAUACUUCAGGCUAAGGUUGAAUUGUGCAAAAUCAGAGAGGAGCUCAGUGAAAGCAGUUCACAGAAGGAGAAAAUAAGCUCGCAGGUAAUGCUGUUUACUGACUAAACAUUUCAUUUUGACACUGUUGUUGACAAAAAUCACCUGAGAAUUGCUGACAUCUGUAUCUCAUUCCAGCAGUUUGUAGUCAGGCUUGUUUGGACCAUCUUUUCGUCUGUAUAAAAGCUUAUAUUCAUCCUAUAAUUUUAAUUUAGCAAGCUUCACAGUGAACAGUUUUAUAUAGGAGGAUUCUUCUAUGUUUAACAUUUCUCUGUCUUGCAGCUUGAAAGACUGAAGGGAGAAUCUAGCGAAGAGAUUACAAAGCUGCGGAAAGCUUUAGAAAAGAGUGAGGUGGACUCCCGGGAGCUUGUCCUGAAAGCUGAAAUGGGCAGGUUACAAGCUGAGGAGGAAGCCAAACAACAGACUUUUAAUUUAUCAGAGCAACUGGGGGAAAUGCGCAAGAAGCAAAAGGUUGAGGUGUGUGGCACAAUCUCUGCAUGGAAUAUUAAACCAUCGUUAGCCUUGUACAAACCAAUUUGACAGACUCAACUCUGCUUCAUUGUUGUGUUGUCUAGCAGGACAAGGAUCAAGCAGCAGUGCUUUUUUGAAACUGAUCUUUUACUGAUAAACUUUCCUCAGGAGGCUAACUAGUUAAAAGAGAGAUUUUAAUCAGAGAUCAAUGUAACGCAUAUUAUCUGUUCUUAUUUUUUUUUAAACGUCUCUCUCUUAACUUACUUGUAGCUUCAACAGAUAGAAGCUUCCCACUGUGCAGAGCUGGAUGCAGCAGUUAAAACCAACAGGGAACUACACGACAAACUUCAAUCAAUGUCCUCAGAAUUGCUGCAACUUAAAAGCACUCUGGUGGAGGUGUCUACUGAGAGAGACAGACAGAAAGAACAUUUAAGGUGGGUAAUAUUGAGUCUAAAAGCGAACCAAGAGCUGGACAUCUAUAGCACUCUGCAGUCAGAUUCACUAAUUUUGUUGUUGGAUACGUUGUUUGUUUCUCAGCCAAAUGGGAGUAGCCUUUGAAACACAAUCAGCAACACUGCACAGCCUCAGAAAUUACAUCGGCCAACUUGCCCCGGAGAAAGGAGAAAAGGACCGAUUAAGUGAUGCUGUGGAGGUGAAGACCACAUAAACAGUAUUGAUUGCAAUCAGCCUACUGUAAAGUUAUAGCUUUGGGGGAAGAAACUUAAAAUCUUCCUUUCAGCAGGUUUAAGACAGAACCAUAGAACAAAUGACACUCAGAUUUAUGAAUUGACAUGCACAUUUAAUUAUGAUAACGCGCAUUAAUUCUUAAGCUCUCCAUUCUGUAGAAGCUGAACAAAGAGAAAGCGGCUCUUCAGAUGACCACAGAGCUUUUGACUGUCAGACUUAACUCCGUGAAUGAAAUACUGGCCCUCCAAGAAGAGAAAAUGGUGAAGGUCAGUCUUUUUUUCUGGUGAUAGCAAUGGAUGAUGCAAUCCAGAACCACUGGCAGCGCUCUUAGCUCAAAAAGUCACGUCAUACCUCUGUACUGACAAGCUCAUCCCUCUGCAAAAUAAGGUCUGAACUUUUUAUAAUCAUACCUGUAUGUUUUCAAAUGACCUCUGAUUAGAGGACAGACUGGCUGACAUUUUGUUGUACGUUUCUACAUGUUUUAAGGGGCUCCACUCUUACAGAAUACUUUUUAGAUUCUUAAUUUUCACCCACCAGGCUAAAGAAAUUUUUUCAGCAACAGUCUAUCCUGAUACUACACUAGUGCUUGGCGAUGUGGUCUUAAAUCAUAAUCCCAAUAUAUUAAGGAGUUCACCUCGAUAACGAUAAGGAUGAUAAUUACUCCACAAGCUGCUCACCCCCUCUCACAUUACCUUUGUCUACUUUAGCUGCUGCUCCAGCUGCGACAACUUCUGAACUGUCCUCCAUCUCCUCACCUGUCUUUCCCUUUUGUUACGGACUGGAUGAGGUGGAGUCACAUCUUUGAUGUAGGACAGCAUCUUACAGGGUCAUGAGACCCUAGCCUACCUACACACAUCCAAAACCAACUUUUUAAAAUUUUAUCUUUUGACACUGAAUAUAUCGACAUGGUAAAUUUCAGUAUCUGUAAAUUUUCGGUUUAUCGCCCAGCCCUAUGCCACACCUUCAGUCAUUGUGCUGUUACCCAGGAUCUGAACAUAGAGGGUAUUCUUUAUCAACAAUUAUUAUCAUGACUGUUAACUGUGUGAUGUAUUUCUCUAAGAAUAUUCACAUGGCUGCAUGUUGAGAAUAUGUGUCAAUUUUCUGAACAGAAUGGUGUAAACCUUCGAAAUGAAUGUCAGUUUAAUCCAACACCUAAGCUCUCUGGUAUCUCUGUAUUGUGCCAAACAUAUGUCUAUCAUUGUGUGUCUGGAGCUUCUGGCUGUUAGGUUAUCAAACUUAGUCUUAACUCGAAAGUUUUAGAAGUCUGAAGUGUGAAUGCACUUCAUGGAAGACGCUCACACCGAUCUUUCUCCAAAGCAGACUCUCGGGUUUUAGAUUGAUGAUAAAACAGCAAAACCCUGCAGGACUGAUUUAGUGGCUGAACACUUUACCCGAGGCACUUUUCCAAAUGUUGUGUAUAUAUCCAGUCUGACCCUGCAGGUGACAUAUGAAACAUUUUUCCACUUCUAAAUGCUUUUCUCUUCAUUUCGUAAAAGCGUUUAGGUUUGUCGCAGUAAAUGCCAACCUACAUAAACUUGGAAAUAGCUUUAGCUGUCAUCGUUGACAGCUUGGAUUAUUUCAGUUUUUAUCAGACAUUGCAUUGUUGUUGGUGAAGCAGAAACCAUUUUGAAAACUUUCGGUGGAUACUAGAUUUGAAAAAGAGAAAAGAAACUUAUUAUCUCAACUAUGCUUUAGAAAACACCAAGGUUCACUUGCGAUCAAUAAUCACUCAUAUGUUACACUUAGUUUGAAAUUCUGUUUUCUGUGUGCGUGUGUGUGUUUCAAUAGACCUCGACAGACCCUCUUGUGAAGAAUGAAUCUGAAGGCCUUCAAGUGCUUCGGCUCUGGAGAGAAAAAGUAUUCAAGUUAUGUGUCCAGCUCCGCUCAAAAGACAUUGAACUGAAAGGAGAAAAGGAUGAACUUCUUUCAAAAGUAGGAAAUCAGUCAUCAGUUGGUGUGCUCUGACACAUUCAUGCCUAAUGUGUUUAAAACUAUGAUACAGAAUGGCACCUUAUUGGUGUGUGUUUUAGGUCAGAUCUACAGAGCAGCAGCUCAAGCAGGAACAGCGUCAGGCCAGUGUGCUCCAACACAGUCUGGAUAACAGAAGAGCUGAGUUGGACCUGGAGAGAGUAGAAAAGGAGGUUAGUAUCAAGUGAUGUGAUUUACGUGGGUGUCAAAAAAUUUGAUGAUGCAUGAUAAAUUUGAGGCUGCAUAGGAAAGUGAUGAAUGCCUGUAAAUUUGUACCACUGCACACAAGCUGACUCUACAAAAACUUUGCUAGGUUUCAGUAGAAUAGGAGGUUAUUGACAGCUACUGGGGGUGAAGUGUUUUUAAAACUGAGCCUCACUGUGGAUCUGAGGGAGGCACUCAGUUUGUAUCUGUGUUUUCUUAUUCCAGACACUGAAGAUGGACUUGGUCCAGGCUCACAAGGAAAACUUCCAGCUAAAGUCACAGGGUGAAGAUGCAAAAGCUGGUCUGAACAUUGCUUCAGAAGCAGUGAAGAGGUAAACUACAUUACUCUGGAUUCAAAAUUUGAGAGUUAAUCAAAAGUUUGAGAAAAUGAAAGGGAAAAAUCAUGCCAGUGCUGAGACUCUAUACAAUUAAUGUUGCACUCUUAUAGAUUUUGACUUUUGCCUCACAGGUUUACUUCAGCAUUUGAAAGCAAAGUGGCAGAGAUGGAAGCAGCUCAAACAAGACUCAAUACUUUAACUCAGAGGCUAACUUUUGCUAAAGGACGAGUGGAGACUAUUCAAGGUGGGAUGUCAAUGGACAUUAAUGUGCUGAGUACAGUUCAGAUACAGAAAAUACAUCAUGAUGUUUCAUGUUGAACAGGUUUGAUCUUGAGGAGGGUCGCUCUUCAGAAAGCUCAGCUGGCUUGUAAACAGACAGAGUAUGCUACAGAGAGGUAUGUGCUCAUUUUUACACCUGAAAGAUCUGUACUCAGUCUUCUUCUCUUUGUCUCAUUAUCCACGAGUUGAACUUUGUUAAAUUUGUUAAUAAGCCUAUUUUUUAAGUUUUGGAAUCAAGUGUCACAUACUGCCUGUAGCUAACCUCCAUUACCCAUUUUAAUUAAUUGAUCACAAUGAUUAACCCCCUAAUUGCAUCAGUAUUGCUAAAGGCGUGUUAUGUUGCUUUGAAGCCAAAGCCAGGUCUUCAAUAUGCUAAUUUGUUCUGUUCAAGUCCAAAAAGUUUAAUUUUUGAUAUGUAGUGAAGACGCGUCUAUUUGCAUUUCGUUGCUGUAAACAGCAGAUGCUGUUCUAAUUUUUCAGGUUGUGUAGCUUGUAAAAUUUUAAUGCUCAUUUUACACUGAAACUAUUUCACUGCUCUAUCAUGGAAUGGUGGUUAUUUGCAUGAACAUUUAUGUUGCAUAGAUAAAGAAAUCUGUGAUUUAUCUGCAUGUGAGAGUUUUUAAUCUGCUGUUUGGAGAAAAGAGUUGCUUUUGGCUGUUGAGAGUUUAGCUUCCUCUGUAAUGCACCACACAGCUGCUUCUCUCACCCUCUCUUGCUCUCUGUUUGACUACCAGCCCCUUAAUUUUCUCUAACACUCAUCUGUGUUUCCCUGCAGCAUCACAAACCUUCAGACUGAGCUGAGUUUAGUGCGUGAAGAGAGAGACAAACUCACACAGGAGCUCAAAAGAACCCCAGAGCUCAUUGAGAAAGCUCUGACUGACCUAAAAGAACAGCGUGAGCACCUUCACACCCUGCAACACCUUUUGUCAGAGGUCAUGGUAGUGUUUUCUGCUGUCUUUUUUUGACUUUUGAAUAUCUUUCUCAGAUGAGAUCAAAGUGCAGCAGCAGCAGAAAGAGCUUGAGAAGAGCUGGAUGGAGAUCGGUCAGGCACUGGCAGCAAGGGAGGAGGCUGAACAGAACCUGCAGGAGCUCCGAGCCCAGCUGAAGGAGAGUGAAUUCAACCUGGAGAAACUCCGCUCUGAGCUGCUCAGCCAGCAGGAGCACAGCGACCGUGGUGAGGCAGUGGCUAAGACAUGCCUGUUUUUCAACCUUGACUUAUCCAGGGAAAGCCGACUGAGUGCCUCCUCUUUUCCCCAGAAAUGUCCUCCACAUUUUCACACCUGGCCACCUCUUGUCUGCUCCGUAGCUUUGCUGGAGCAUUUGGGGAUUAUGUGACACACUCAAGAGCACCUUGAGAGUAGAUGUUUAAGGGGGAGUUACUGAUACCAAUACCAUUCACCGUUUGAUUACACAGGGCCACUUUAAAACUUCUUAUCUUUGGACCUGUGUACAUUUUUUCCAUGUCAGUUUUAAAACAAUUAUCAGGACACAAAUGCACAUCCUAAUUUAACUGAUUGUGUAGCUGCUUGAGGGCAGAAACAAGUUAAAAACACAACAUUGACUUUCUGUACCCUCUACGAGUUGAUUAGUCAGACCUUAACAUCCACACAUGCAGUAUUCAUCUGUUUCUCUGUGCAGUACUCGCACUACUCUCUGCAUUGUUUGACUUUCCACUCUUUCCAAAGGGAAAUAUCUGCCUCUUUAGGUGCUGAUUGUUUUACUGUUUUCACCAGUGAGUCAUUAAUUGUGUAUGCGCCUUUUGUUGCUGGACAUGCCGCAUACAGAGGGGGUUUUUGAAGUUUUUUUAUUAUUAAAUUUUUUUUACCACAAGGGAACUGCUGCCUGAUUAUACUUUAAAGAGUUUCUGUGCUUUGAAGGUCAGUUAUACCUGCCUUAAUAGUGCACACAUCGAAAAAAUGUGUCAUAUGCUCCUCCAGCUGCAAAGAAAUGCACAAGCUUUAAUCCCUAACUAUCAUUUAAAACCAGAUGAGCAUCAGGCUGCUGUUUUACAGUCUUCUUCAUGCUGGUUUCAGGUAAAAAAGGAGACUUCAAAAUGAUUCACUCUCUUUUUUUGUUUGCUUUCUUGCUGUUAUGAACAUUUGUUAACAGAUGCAAUAAAAUCCCGUUUAUCCCCUGAUGUACAAAUGCAGCAUUAGCAUGCGCUCCUCAUUGUGUGAGCUACUGUACUGAAGAAGCCUACAUUUGUCCAUCUCGCCCCUUCAGCCCUGCAGGAGAGAGUGUCUGAGAUCAAGGACCACUGUGCUGAGAAGCUGAGAGAGAUGGAGGAUCAGGUCAAUACUGCCAGGAGGGAGCACACCAAAGCAGGUAGCAGGAUUAGCACCAUGCUGCCUCAGCCCACGGAAGCUUAAAGCAGGGGGCUGAAGUCAUCACUGUGAUCUAAUAUGGUUGUGAUUGUUUACGCAGCAUAUAGCAGCGAUUUCCCUGUGGUUUUGGAUCAGUCUGUGCUAUCUCUUGCAGUUAUGACUUUGCGGCAGUUUCAGAAAGAGGCAGCGAAGAAGCAUGAUGAGAUGAGAAAAACGCCACACUAUAGGAGUGAACACACAAAAAGAAAAGUCCAGAAUGAACAACAAAAGGAUGUGGUGAAAGAUAAAAAUCUGCUCCUGGUGAGAAUUUGCAAAGCCACUGGAAGUUGUGAGAACUUUUCUUUCUGUCUUCACUCUGUUGAUUGCUCUAUAUAACUCAAGGUCUCUUUCAAAUGUAAGCAUACUAAGGCUCAAACAACAGCUGGACAAAACCCUCCAGCACCCUGGGAACAUCCAGAAAAAUCUUCAGACAGACAUGCAGAUGGUGAGAAGCGUCUUAAUUCUUUAAACUUGGGACAAUUAUUUUUCAGCUUCCAAAAUUCCCAACAUAUCUGGUCUGACCAAUUGUUUGUCUGCUUCCUGGCAGCAGGGCUCCUGUCUGUUUUGGAGGAGCUCCACUGCCUCAGUGCUGCGGUGGUUAACAGCUCUGAGGAUUCUGCGGAGGAGGGAGUGGGACAGAGUGACAGCGUGGGACCGUCCACAGGCAGUCUGACAGCUGAUACCUAAUGAUGAGUCACUCGAGCCAGCCAACAUACCUUUAAUUUGUUUAAAAGGUGGGCAGUGAUGAUGCUUGAGGAGCCAGAAAAACACAGCCGAGGGAAAAUAAUGGCUUUCAGUGCAGAUUCAGUGUACUUGGAUUGAAAACAAACAGGAAAUCUUUUGUUACAUCUUCUGUGUCCGACCAAAGAUGAAUUUCAUUCACUGAGAAUUCUGGGAAACACUGAUGGACACAGUAUUAGACUCAACAAAGACUUACGGCUGUAUCACCGCUCCUGAAUUCUAAUGAGUAAAUCUCAACACAAGUGCAAUGAAAAACUCUGAUUAUUAAGUAAUCUGCGGUAAAAAAAAAACCUUUUUUGCAGAAUAAUUUGCAUUUUUAUUUCUCGCAGGGUCUCAAAUUGCUUAACGGUUAAAACACUUUCAUAUCUUUCACUUAUUCUAAAGGAUAUUUUCUGCUGAAACCUGUUUUAGUUGUUCCUUUUUCACAGUCUAGAGCCACACAAACCCAAAAAUCUAAUAUGAACAUUUGUGUGAUCUUUAUACAUUUCAUGUCGCAGAACAUUGUUUUUUAAACUGCAUCAACUUCAAUAAAUACAGAUAAGUGACUUUUUUUUUUUCAAAGCCAUCUUUAUCUAAUGGCAGUUAGAAAUGUGCCACAGUAGCUGACGAGUUGCUGUCUAGUGUGCACAGACGUCAGCUCUGCAGGCACUGACCCUAGUAGUUUCUGUGAUGAUUCAAAAAUAUCUGUUAUGUGCAGAGAUUUGUCUCAAUUUUCAGUGCAGCCUAGAGAAAUAAUAUUGAUAUUGCAGAUCUGUUGUGUUUAAGCAGUUUAGAGGAUAUACCUAGGAAGCCGUUCAUAAUACAUCAGAUAUACAGAAGCGCAGAUACAAAUAUGAUAAGCUAGCUGCAUAAGAAAUGAAAAAAUACAAUAGAGUUUCUCAGGUUUAGUGAAGAAAUCUGCGGUUGUUUGCUGAAGCAGGUGUAAAUGUCAUUGGUUUCUCCAUCAAAGAGGCACAAUAGGGAGGACCUGUAUGAUUUCAAAUGGAAAGAAAUCAAUAUUUCUUAUUAUAAGUUUCUCUAUAGAGGUGAAUCUGAAAGUGACUGUGCAGUCAUAGGAUGGAUGAUGAUAAACAUCAUGAUGAACUAGAUAAUUGUGCUAUUUGUCAUGUUGUCACGAGUGCUAAUAAAUUUUACGGUAGUUUAGAGUUUCAAGCCUCUAGGUAAAACCAUCUUAUAGAGAGCUCAGCAAAAUUACUAAUAAAGUCUAGACAUCUCUACUCUCCUUUUUUUUUUAAUAAGAGCAUCACAAAUAUUUUGCAGACACUCACUGCUGGAGAGGUAAUUCAUCACAGCGAGCAGAAGAUGAAAACAUCAAAUACAUUUUAUGAAAGAGUAUUACUUGAUUUCAGCGGAGCACUCUUGCAUCUACUGAGCGCUCCAGAGUUUGCAAAACAGCAUGAGAGACAUGAGAGCAUUGUGAUGUGUAUUAUGUUUCAUACAAAGUCUGUGAUAAACAGUGAAAGACAGGGAUGGAAUCAGCGUCUAAACCUGAAUGCACCUCUUAAAGGAAUGUGCCACCAAUUUUAAUGCUCUGACAUUGGUCCAACAAACCUGUGUAAGAAGCAAGCAAACAUUAAUAACACUGGGCUAUUAGUUAUUUAGCAGUAGAAGACAAUGUUCAUGUUUGCUGGAGAAGAGACGCAUUUAAAGAUAGUUUCUUCAUUCUCAAGUGCAGUCAAAAACCACCAGAGGGCGAUAUUGUCAAAGGUGAGAGCAGCUCAUAAAUUGCAGCAAUUUCCAGAAUUCUGUUGGGGAUUCUUUUGAUAUUUUUUGUUAGAAUAUUACUGAGGACAAUCCUGACAAAAUAGCCUCUAUAUGUUACUUUAUGUUCUUACCUGCAACCUUAACCAGGCCAGGAUGGGGUGAAUAUAAUGUAUGACCACCUUUUGAGCCUGUAUGAACUUCACAUUCUAGUCGUUGGGCAAAAAUUGCAACUCCUGCCACAGAUGUCAAAGCAACAAAACAUGAGUUAUUUAAAAUAGUUUUUCAUCCUGUAGCAUUAUUUAGUGUUUUCACGGUGGCUAUUCAACCCAACCCUGAAACUGCUUUAGGCAAAUAUUCUUUUAGCACCAGAUUAAUCCAGAAUCAUUCAUCAAACUGCUAGUAAAGAGUGACUCUCCUCUCCACAGGACAAGCUUACAGAGUCCAGUGUGGGUUGCUCUACAUCACACUGGCUGAUACUUGGCGUUGCACAUCUCAGAGUGAGGAUUGUUAGACAGAGGAAGUUUAGGCUUCUGUAAGUGAUGCAACAGUUGGUAGGGUAUUUUUGCAUGGACUCUAGAUGUGCAUCUGAACUGUUGAUGCUUCCAGGUGCUUGCACUUCACAAAAAUAACAUACAGUUGAGGCAGGUUCAGAAGGGCAAACUUGCAGCAAGGACAACAUCCUAUGAAUAUGGUACAUUUAAAGUCACCAAACUGUUCGUGACCCAUUCUGAAGUCGUCUUAUUAGUGUUUUGAGGAUUUAAUAUUUAUGCAUUAGAUUUGAUGCACUUGUUUGCAGUGGAUGUGGCUAAAAAACCUCAGAAAAUAAGCAUAGUAGUGUGUGAAGGUGUGGUUUGGACUCUGCUUACAGCUCCAAGAUGAUUUAUAAAUCAUUCUAAAUGAGAAACUCUGAAAGAAAUAUUAGCGCUUACCCUGUUUCUCUACAGACUGGGAACAACAGGCUUUCAUAAUUCUGGUCAAAAACUCUCUGUAUGACGUUAAAUGUUUAUACUUUGUUGUGAGUGAGGAAAAAAGGGAUUUUUCAACAUACAGCUUGAUUUUAACUAUUUCCAUGUCCUUAUUGACUGCAGUGAGAAGAUUAUUGUGUUUCAACCAGACAUUGCUGUGGUAGACUGAUGAAUAAUUUUGUGUAACAUUGCAAUCCAAACAUGACAUGAAAUAAAUUAGGCAAUAAAAAACAGUCAAUAACCUGCCAGUAGAUUUUUAUUAACAAUUCAGAAUGGAAACUUGAUUCAAACCAGGAAGUGCACACCAUCUGUGUUUUUACUUGUCUGACUCCCAGUAGCUGUAGGGCUGGGUACUGACUCUGGCUCUGGAGUUGCUGCUUGUGUUUAAAUUAGCUUAAAAUUUCAGUUUUCGAAGGUAGAAAAUAAGUAAAAAUGCAGUAACUGUUCGAUAGCAUACUAAAAAGGAAUUAUUAUUUUUUGACUCUGUCUAGCUGUCUCUCAGAAGCUAUAACCAUACAAAUAUAAAAUAAUCUUACUAAAUGCAGAGUGACAUAAGAUAAGAAGAAUUUUAUUUAUCCCCAAAGGGAAAAUUUAAUUGUCUGUCGUCUCAUUUGUCAUGUCUCAAAAUAGUUAUCUACUAUUCACAGAAGAGUUGUUAAGUCUGAUGACUGUGGGUACAAAAGAUCUUCUGAACCUUUCUGUCCUGCAGCGAAGACAGACGAGCCGUCCACUAAGGGUGUCACUAUACAACUUUUUUUACUUCUGAUACAGUACUGAUAUUGUAGCCUUCAGUAUGGCUGUUACCGAUAUUGAUCUGAUAUUGGCACAAACUUGUGCAUGACAAGUUUUGCACUCAGCUGCAACGUCUUUUUUGGACUUAAACAAAAAAUACUGCCACACAGCCAUCAUCACUCCUACUCCCUGCUUCUUUGUUAGCACCUUAGUACACACUGUUGUUGUGAUUUUGUGGGCUCCGCCUGCUUGAUCCGGUUGCUGCUAGUUAGAGGUGCUGGAGCAGAGUCUGGAAUGGACCACUUGUAUCGGAGUGCUGAUAUCGGAGAUUUUACUUGCAGGCUGAUAUAAUCCGACAUUAAUUUCUUGGCUGAUAUCAGACCAAUAUCCGAUAUCAGCAUCGUAUGGGGACACUCCUAACAUCCACCACCAUUGGCCCUUUGGUCCAUCAAGGUGUUGUGAAGUGGGUGAUCCAUGUUUUUUAGAAUAGUCUCCACCCUCCUCAGUGUAGAUCUCUCCACCACAUCCUCCACUGAGUCCAGCUUGAAUCCAACCACAGAGCCAGCCUUUUUUACCAGUUUGUUCAGACUUCUUCCAUCUUUGUGUUUGAUGCUUCCUCCCCAGCAGAUUGCAGCGUAAAACAGCACACUUGCCACCACAGACUGAUAAAACAUCUGCAGCAUCUUACUACAGUUGUCUAUUGAUCGGAGUCUUCUCAGGCAAGAGGCGGCUCUGCUCCUAAAAUAUAAAAUAUAGUCCCAACAACAUGUUUCUAAGCAAUAUUUUUGUGCACAAUUUCACAUCUAUUUGAGAUUUCAUGUUUGCUUUAGUACCAUCCCUGUCCUUUAGCCAGUUCUGUGAUGUUGCCUUUACUGACCACUAUUUCUUAUUGAUAGAUUUCAUUGUCUUCUUAUUAGCCUGUGCACUUUUUCUCCACCCUCUGGUUCUGAUGCUGAUGUGCUGUCAGAGCGCAGCGCGUCAGAUCCAAACAUCUGUGGUCAUGGGCCCCGCCUAUCAUCAGCUGUUUGCAUGGAGGCUAAGUUCCAAACCUGUUACAAACUAAAUCUCCCAACCUACAAGUUUUUUCCACUGUCUGUAUGUUGUGGAGAGAGUUUCACUAAUAGGUUUGAGUGCAUAUUUAAGAGAUCAUCAAUGGCCUUAAAAUACCAAGUCAGAUUUUUAUAACUCAACAAAGGGAUUUUUACAGAAUCGAGGAGAUAGAAAAGAAAGUGUUUUUUAUUACCUUAAGAGACACCUGCAUGAGGACAGAUGCUCUUUGCACAAAAUGCUCCUGAUUACAGGCUCUUUCUUGUUGCUCUUUACUGUCUUGGCAAAUCUUAUUUUCUGCGUUUCUAAUCAAACUUGUGGUCAAACCUCUACUUAUCGUAAGUGUUGUGAAGCACAAUUUUCUGCUGCAAAAUGAUGUUUUACACUUUAAAACAUGUCUUCCAAGUCUUGUCCUUUUGGGGGUAGUCCUCCUUUAAGUUUGUAAAAAGUCAGAGCCCAGAAUUUGGCAAAGUCUAUCAUGGACUUUAUUAGCGCUGUGUCAUUUUGCAGUCACAUACAGUUUUAUUUGCCAACCCAGAGUUUGAUUUUAUAACUCUGUUUACAAAAUGUCCUCUGGAAUACUAACUCCUGUGUUUUUGGAUUAGAGGAUUACAUGCUGCAUAACAAGCAUCACUUCCCCAGUCAGGGGAUGGAGAUAACAUUUGAUUUAAGUUAAUAACUGCUUCAAACAAACAUGUCUGACGCUGGGCUUUAGCUUGUGAUGCCACCAGCUAACAUCUUUGCAAAGUUCUCUCAGGCCGGAGGUCAGAGCAAACUUGAAGCAGAGCGAGAGGCUGAUGUGAUCCAGAGAGUCAGGGCUGUCGACCACCAGCACUGCAUGCUGUAUUACAGCUUGCUGGAUGGAUAUGUGCUGCUGUGGCAGGCCAAGCUACAGGGAAGAGAGCAGCAGCAGCCACGGAGAGUGGUGUGAGAGAGGGAGCCAAGUUACUCUAUUUAUAGAUGCAGGCGAUGUGGAGCAUGUUUGGAGGGGGUUCUGUGAGCUGAACUGUCCAAUCUUCAAACUACAGCGACACUUUAUGAGAAGUCCCAGAAGGUGUUAUUGAUGCAAAUUUUAUAACAUGACCACAAGCACGACAUUUUGAGAUGCAUCACGAAGAAAAGUAAGUCAAGAAGUUCACAGAACCGCGCCAAGUUUAACACUCAUCCGAAGUAGCGGUGGGAAUCACCAGAUACAAUAUUACUGCAAUUUUAAUCAUCUUGCAAUACAGUGAGUAUUGUGAUUCAAUCUGUUGCGAUUGAUACAUUUUUUUCAACUGUUUAGCUAAUUUAGCAUUUGUCUUUCCUUUAUGUUUGUCUUAUUUACACAGUAUUUUAUUUUCAUGUAGCACAUCUUUCAAACCUUGUGUGUCAGGUCCAUCUCAUUUGUGCCCUUCUGGAUUUCUAAUGUCUUUCCCCAGGUGCUGCUAUGUUUGUUGCAUUAACUUUCUCCUACUCUAUCAUAUCACCUCUGCCAACCUCACUGGACAAACAGUUGGCUUAUUUUUCCAUUAUCAUAGAUUUGACUUCAUAUUGACAAUUAAUUUGAAAAAAACAAUACUUGGUCAAUGAGACAAUACGAUAUAUCUCUAGACAAAAUAUCACGAUACUAUGCUGUAUCAAUUUUUUCUCACACCCCUAAUCCGAAGAGUGGUAUUAGUCUUUAUUUUGAGGGGAACAGUGAGGCAAAUCAACCACAAGCAAAACAAAAAUUCUUGUGUUAGCAACUCUGAAUUUUCAAAUACUUUUCAAUUUAUUUUGACAGCUUUGAUCGAUAAAAAAGUAAUGACUUGAAGCAAGAGCUCUUUACUGAGAAUGUUUGUAGGUAGUAUCCAACAUAUGGUUUCUUUAUUAAAACAGUGAUCAUGAACAGGUCCUUGAAGUCUCCACCUGUGCCAAUCAGUCACCUAGUUUUGAGCUGUAAUUGCAGUUUGCCUUCAGGCUGAUCAGAGCAAUUUGGGAUGGAGCUGCUGAAGU